GCUACUUGCUAGGCAAAAUAAAAUAAAAAAAAUGUUUAAAACAGAAAUAUAUUUCUGAUACAUAUAUAAUUAUUAUUUUUUUCAAAAUACGCUCACUGGGCCACCACUGUCCACCACCAGUCAUCAUCACGCCUAGAAAACAACAAACGAAUAACAAUAACAAUCGACGCGCUCGUACGUUGUCUGACGAGCGUGAUAUUGAAAAAGAAUUAUAUUUUCACUAGUUCAAGAUACCUACAUUUUUAUCAAAAUUAUCUUGCUGUUCAAUUUUAUUGGAAUAAGCUGUUACGAUGGACUCGGAUGAAGAUGCAUUGAACGAUAUAGACUCUGGAAAUGAAUCUAGCGGAGAUGAUGUGGAUUUUGCAAUGGAGGUUGAUGUGCGGCACGAGCGUGAAAAAAAUCAAGACAUUGAUGAUUUUCCCUUCGAAGUUCUCUCCACAGACAAUAUUGUUCAACACAUGAUUGAUUGCAUCAAAGAUGUCAAUACUGUGCUUCAAAUGCCUGCUACAACGACUAGGAUUUUGUUGAAUCAUUUUAAAUGGGACAAAGAAAAGUUAAUGGAACGAUUUUAUGAUGGUGACCAGGAUAAAUUAUUCUCUGAAGCUAGAGUAAUUAAUCCAUUUAAAAGAACUCAACCAAUUAUUCAGAGGCCAACAUCUACACGCAGUAGAGGUACUCCUGGAAUGGAAGAUUGUGCUAUUUGCUUUGUAAGACUUCCAAACAAUAUGAUGACUGGAUUAGAAUGUAACCAUCGAUUCUGUACGCAAUGUUGGACAGAAUAUUUAACAACAAAAAUUAUUGAAGAAGGUGUUGGUCAAACAAUUGCAUGUGCAGCAAGUGGUUGUGAUAUAUUAGUAGAUGAUGCCACUGUGAUGCGACUAGUCAGAGAUCCAAAAGUUCGAAUGAAAUAUCAACAUCUAAUUACUAAUAGUUUUGUUGAAUGUAACAGAUUAUUACGUUGGUGCCCAUCACCCGACUGCAAUAAUGUUAUUAAAGCCCAGUAUAUUGAUUCAAAACCAGUGAUCUGUCGAUGUUUGCAUGUAUUUUGUUUUGUAUGUGGAGAAAAUUGGCAUGAUCCUGUUAAGUGUAAUUUAUUGAGGAAAUGGAUCAAAAAGUGUGAUGAUGAUUCAGAAACUUCAAAUUGGAUUGCAGCUAAUACUAAAGAGUGUCCUAAAUGUAAUGUAACUAUAGAAAAAGAUGGUGGUUGCAACCAUAUGGUUUGUAAAAAUCAAAAUUGCAAAACUGACUUUUGUUGGGUAUGCCUUGGCCCAUGGGAACCACAUGGAUCUUCAUGGUAUAACUGUAAUCGAUAUGAUGAAGAAGAAGCUAAAGCUGCUAGAGAUGCUCAAGAAAGAUCUAGAGCUGCAUUGCAGAGGUAUCUUUUCUACUGUAACCGUUACAUGAAUCACAUGCAAUCACUUAAGUUUGAACACAAACUUUAUGCUAGUGUUAAAGAAAAAAUGGAAGAAAUGCAACAACAUAAUAUGUCUUGGAUUGAGGUACAAUUUUUAAAAAAAGCUGUUGAUAUAUUAUGUCAAUGUAGACAAACACUCAUGUACACUUACGUGUUUGCAUACUAUUUGAAGAAGAAUAAUCAAUCAGUUCUUUUUGAAGAUAACCAACGAGACUUGGAAAGUGCUACUGAAACUCUAUCAGAAUAUUUAGAAAGAGACAUCACUUCAGAAAAUUUAGCUGACAUCAAGCAGAAAGUUCAAGAUAAAUAUCGUUACUGCGAAAGUCGGCGAAAAGUGUUGCUAGAGCAUGUUCACGAAGGUUAUGAAAAAGACUGGUGGGAUUACACAGAAAAGUUGUGAACUAGUCACAUAUAUCUGUGAUAUAAAAUUAAGUAUACAUACAAAAUACAACACAUUUACACAAAUAUGUUUGAAAAAUUUUUAACUACCAUA